AUAGAGGCGUAGGGCGUGGGUGAUACCCGCUUGACUUUCACAAUAAGCAACCUUCCCCGUUCCACCAUAACCAAGGCUCGCUACAUGAGCAGGCUUCAUCCAGCGUUGCUCUAUCUGACGAUAUAUAACCCGACUUUACGUCCUAGUGAAGAGGUGUCCAAAGACGAUGAGGAUGCAGAAGAGCAAGCACAGAUCCUUUUUUACACUUCACAGGAACGCGCCACUUCGCGCGACAAGAUGCUAAGGCAGGUUGGACUUGCCAAGGCGCUCGUAAAUUUCUCUGAAAUAUUCCAUCCGACCGACUCUUGCCACAAUGUACAUUCCCAGUCGAGAAGGAUGAUAAUGCUCAAUCCCGAGCCUGACUUCUGGAUUCACGCAGCAGUAGAGCUUGCAAAGACUCCGCGGAUACCUUUGCCUAAACCCAAGGAUAAGGUCAAGGGUAACGGAAAGGGAAAGGGAAAAGAGAAGGAGCAAGCAAGCGCGCAACCCUCUUACGACUGUCACGACGGCUCGCUUCACGAUUACGCACUUCGCGCUCACUUGCUACGGGGAUACGAGCAAUUCAAACUUACGCAUGGGUCCUUCACCUCGAUCUUGAAUUCCCUCGGGCAAGAAGCAUUAGAGUUGCAGCUAGAAAGAUUCUUCACUGUAUGGGCGUGGUCAUGGGAUUUAAGCAAGAGUUUUGAGUUGAACGACGACCUUGGCUUGUCGCUUCAUCCGUUAUACCCCUCUAUUCUACCGCUACUGGAUACCUUUUCGUCGCAGUUACCAGCUGGACUGGAUGCGUUAUUUCUUUCUCCUCCUCACGUGGUUCCGUCCACAAGAUACAGACAAUCUAAUCAUCCACCCGCACUCUCGCGACACCUUCUCUCUCUAAUCCCACGUCAUUUACCACGCCACGAAGCGGAUGAUCGCCCGGAAGCCUCUUCACCCACUGAAAAGGGAGCGACUACAAACACGGCAGCUAAAGAAGUCGGUCCUGGCGGUAAUUCCUCCGGUGGGUUCCUGGGCAUGCCUUCUAGUCUCGCUAUGAGUAUGGGUGUUCGGAACUGGAGUUGGCCCGGGGCGUUGACGUUUGGGAAGGGCGCUGAACGAAAAUCGCCUGUGACAGAACGAGAAGAAACCAAACCCAAUCCCUCCGUGGCCGAAAGUGCAAGCACUGUGACAGAAGUUGACAGGGGCGCUUUGGAGGAUGCGAUGUCCUCUGCUGAUAUACAUGGCCUGCUGGAGAAGGCAAAUGGUGGAUUAUCUGUCACAGAUCCUGAUGCUGCACAUGAAAGGCGUUCGGAGGUGGACCACAGCGGAGACACUCCACGACCUUCCCGAGUCCCAUCACUGCUUCCCGCAGAUGGCUCAUCUGCAUCCUCUGAGAGACCUGAUCGUUAUCGUCAAUUGGACUUCGCUUGUACUUUCGUGUUUCUACCUGAAAGCGAUGACCCGUUGGAAACUCGCCGAAGGCAAGUUAUACAUCUAAGAUGUCAAAGCUUGGCCGUGGCUAUCAUAGCGGAUGCUGAUAAUGUAGAAGACUACGACACACGUGUUAUAUCUGAAGCUGCAUCUCAAAUGCUACAUGACGUUGAGAACCUGAUUGCUGCAGAAGCGACGCGGGUUUCCGAGAUCUUACCUUCGGCCACGAAGAUUUUGCAGCCCAAAGAUAACUAUCUUAUUAGUUUUGACCACUUUACGACAGCCAGUCCUGACUUCGUUGCGAAGUCGGAUCACCUAUACAACGGAAAGCAGCUAUUGGAACAGGAAUUACACAUCACCGAAGUUUUCUCUCGAGGCCAACAACCACAGCACUGGCAUGUUUCGAAAAGAGACAACACCGGCGGGGAAGAAUCGGAGGUUUUCCUCGAGGUUGCUCGGAAGGAGACGAGUUUACCUGACGUGGAUAAUAUCCUUCAAAGGCUUCAGUUACACUCAUUCUAGUUUGUGUUAAUGUCCCUCCUUCAGGCUAGCAGACAUUGUUUUGACUGUCGUUUAUCUGGUCGAUGAUUCGUGAUCAACUUACGAAUACCUAUAGCCUAGCCAUAGUAAUUAUAUAAAACCCGUUAAUCGCACCCAUUCUCUGUCAACUUCCUCGCAACCAAGCUUGAUCUG